AUGCACAUGGAUGAUCUCCUGAAUGCUGCAGUCGCCCCAAUGGAGAGAGGUCAGCAAGAUCAAGAGUACAUCGAUGGAGAAGAGGUGUCUGAAACACUUGAUGACGCUGAACAAGACGCUACCUUUGACGAACCAAUAGAACGCUUGUCAAGCCAACAAGAUGUCAACGUCGGCGACAUUGUUGAGUAUUGGCCUGAUUCUGGCAAAAAGUAUACGGCUGUUGUUAUUCGUCUACCAAGGGCGGAAGCUGGGCAGGUCAAUGUACGCCACGUUACAAUUGACUCGCGCGGUUGCAUCAACUAUACCGAAUCGAGGCGAUAUCUCAUGGUUGUGCCGGGCUAUGUGGACUCAAGUCACUUCUCUUGGAUCACUGAUGAGACAUACUUUCUGCAAGGCGAUCCCAGAUUGAAUGUGAUUGCCAAGAAGGCUCACGAAUUCAUCCUGCAAUCUGAAGCAUUGCGCACAGAUUAUGCAGUUCGCCUCAACGGCUUGUACGACCUUUUGCCAUCGAUUGUUCGCUCGCAAGCCAUGCCAGUGUCAUGUGCUCAAGCUGCUCGUAUCGCAUUCGAAACGGACGACAUUACACCCGUGCAUAUCCAUGCCGUCCAUGCCUGCAUGAUGCGCGACCGCAUCCACUUCUUGCCAGAUAUCAUUCGCAGUAUCAGUGUGCCAAUCUUCCGUACUCGCGAUCCCAGACAGGUCGCUUGCAUCACUCUCACAAUCUCAGCCACGAGAAUACGCGGUCCAGUAUAUCGCCAUUUCAUUGCACAAGCCAAGGCAAUCGCAGCUUGGGGCGAGCAAGUUACAAAGGCGGAUGGUCCCCUUACUGCUGUCGAAGCACCAGCGGAACUUGCGUGGGAUUCUCUCUCAUGGUCAUACCUUUGGUUCCUACUGCAAGCAACGCUAGAGCGACCAGAUAUUGCGGAGGUCGAAAUAUACACUACGGCAGCGGCAAUUAUUGUCAAAGACAUCGGUCUAUUUCCAGACGAGCCGGCCACACGCGCAGUCAUUCACAAGACGCUCAAAAAGCUGGGUAUAUUGGCGCCUUGGGAUAUCAGCAUGAAUCGUUCGCCAUCUCUUGCCUUGCCUGGUCACGGAGCAAGUGCCACGGCAGAUAAGCAUCAAGCUCACCAAGACCAAAUCUUCUCAGAGGGUCAUUCAGACAAAGUCUUGCUCGCUAAAUUGCGAAUGUAUGAUAUGCUGGCCGAUUAUCGCCAUGAUUUUGGCGAAAUGCCGGUCUACACAAUUGAUAGCGAGACGGCACACGAACUAGACGACGGUAUCUCCAUUGAUAAUGACGGCUGGAUGCACGUCCAUAUUGCGAAUCCGGCAGCGUACUUUUCACCUGACAACGGAAUUGCUUGCGUUGCCCGUGAGCGUGCUGCAACGCGAUACCUCGAUUACGAUACCUAUCCCAUGCUGCCGCCAGCACUGACAAUGAGGUUUUUCUCGCUUGCAAAACGGAAAAGGGGCACCCCCUGCAUGACAACGUCCUUCAAGCUCAAAGACACUGGAGAGAUCGAUGAAAUACUCGUACGGCCUAGUAUCAUCCGCAAUGUCAUUCGCACGUCGUACCGAGCUGUGGACAAAGUGCUUGGCAGUCAGCCUUCCAUUUAUGGCGAAAUGAAGGUUAUGAGUAGUCAUUGGCGAGACGAGGACAGCCCGCAGUCCCCAACAUCUGGUGUUCCCCAAUCUGAACUGACAGACGAAGACGUUGAACGAUUGAAGGCAAUGUCCAAUUAUCUUCAACCUUCCCUAAGAUACCGUAUCUCGCAGGGCGCGAUUGAAUUUCCAGACAAUGGACAGCAGCUUCGUCGUCUGGAGACGCAGCCAGCAGUUCUGCCAGGCCUGGAAGCAUCCAUCAAGAGGCCAACAUUCUACUCUGGUAAACCUGGUAUUCGCUACAUGUUUGCGCGUCGUGAUAUCAACCACCCUGUUGGUAUGUCUAAAGCUACUCGCCUCGUCACUGAAGCUGCCAUUUUGGCAAACCACGCAACAGCCGUCUUUUGCAAUCGGAACAAUAUUCCAGUCAUGUACAGGGCAGCUGAAUUUGCAAUGCUGCCAGAGGAGCGAGAACACAUUUUGUCUUUGCGAGACGAGAAUGGUGUGUUGAAGCUCCUGGAUCUCCUGGAAUAUCAAAAUCUCUUUCGUCCAACACAAAACUCGCUUCAACCUAGACGUAUGGACUAUGUUGGCCUGCCAGCCUACAUGACGAUCACAUCGCCACUCAGGCGAUACGUUGAUUUGUGUGGUCAAUGGGCGCUCCUCAAUUUUUUCACCGCGACUGAUUUCAAGAAACCCAUGAAAUCACCCAGAUACCCCAAGCCGCCCUUCGAGCUUGAUUUGAAGGACAUCCUCCCAGAUCUUGAACGUACCAUGCUUGCCAUCAAGCGACGGAGUGUCCUGAGUGGUCAAAAUGUCAUGACACACUUACUGGAACAGAAAUGGCUGGAUGGCGAGCUUGCAGGUGCGUUCCAUGCAUAUGUGCUGAAACCGCCACGAACGUCUGAACAGCUCUCGUACAGCGCUUCUGUACCGGCAUGGGGGAAUAGGAAAGUACUUGUCACUCGGAAAGCGACAGAGCCGCGGCUGAUGGCUGGUGACUCGAUUAAAGUGGAAGUGGAAGGCUUUGACCAUUUUGACUUUAAUGUCCAUUGCAAACGUGUUGCUUGA